UUUUUUUAUGAGCCACAAGAUCAUUUAAGUCGAAGAAAACAAAGAAUAUUGUAUACAGUGUAUUAUUGCAUGUUUUAUUGAAAUUUUCACAAUGUCCCUUGAAAGGAACAUUGGGCUCUUAAGCGUUAAAUUUCAUAUUAAAAUACUAAAUAUCUCUAUUAAAUUAAUUCGAUCAUUUGAAUAAUUCUUUAUUCGAUUUAUAUUCAAUAAAAUUUAUUUCUUAAAAAUUUUUCUAAAAUAUAUUCAUCGGUUUAUUAUUGUUUGAUUAUUCAAAUAAUUGAAUAAUUAUUUCCAGUCAAUUGAGAUCGAGAAUAUUUUAUAUUGAAACAAAUCAAGAGGAAUUUGUUUUUUCUUUAUUAAUGAAAUAAAAAAUAUCGAAGAAUAAUAUAUUAUUCAAUAUAAAUAUUCUGUUAUUAAAUCAAUUAUUUAGAUGUGUCGAAAAUAAGAUUUUAGUUUUUUUUGAAAAAUUUUACAUUUAAGAAGAAAGAAAACAAACAAAAAAAAUCAAAUCGAAUUUUUUAUAUAUCUAUGUUAAUUUGACUAAUUAAUAUUUAAGACGAAUUUCAAUUGAAUUUAACGAGAGUUUUUCGAUUUGGGCAAGUGAGAACAACUUUCAUAUAGAAUAUUUUUGCAUUUAAUUUUUUAUUAUUUAAACAAUUUAAUUUAUAGAAAUAGAAAUAGAAUAGAUAAUUCUCUUCUCUCUCAUCAUGGAUAAAUAUUGAUGAAAUUAAAAAAAAUUCUAAAUAGAAAAUCUUCGUUAAUCAUUAAAAUCAAAUAAUGAAAAUUCUUAUAAAUAAUUAUUUUAAUUAAAGAUUGAUCAUUUUUUAAAAACAAGUUUAUAUAUAUAUACAUAAAGUCUAUCGAAAAAUCAAUGAUCGAGUGUUUUUGAAAUCGAAUCAAAAUAAAUUUAAUAAAUUAUAAUAAAAUAUUUAAAUAUUGAUUGAAAUUAUUUGAAUAUAUAAUAUUAUUAUUUAUUUAUUGUUUUUAAUAAAGAAAUGAUGAUAUAUCUGAUUGUUACAAUCGAGUUCGUUAUAUUCGAGAUGCUUGUAAAGUAUUAUCUGAUCUUUGGAAAACCGAUAAGGAUUUUUUAAAUAAAAGUAUUGAUAAUGAUGUUGCACGUUCUUAUCGUUUACCAUAUGGAACAAGUGGAGCUUCAUCGUCAACUAUUCGUCAAACAAUGACUGAACUUCGAGAUAAUUAUGAAAAAGCUCAACAAAAAUUAGAAGCAGCUGAUGCCAAUUGGAAAAAAUUUCAAACACGAUCUGAUCGUUUAACAUUACCAAAUUUUGAUGAACGUUUACGUGAAUUAGAAGAUAUUCGUUGUGAAUGUGAACAAGCUCGAACAUUAUCACAUGAUAUAUAUGCAGCUGAAACAUAUAAAGUUGCUAGUGAAGAACAUUCAAUAACAAUUAAACUUUUUUAUCAAUAUUUAUAUGAAGAAAAUACAUUUUAUAAUCAUGUAUCGAAAUAUUUAUCAUCACCAAUGCCUGAAAUUGAACAAAGAUUAGAAAAUGAUGAAUUAAUUCCAUCAUUUGGUUAUGAUCUUGCUAAACAUUGUUUAAAACGAAAUGAUACACUUAUUGCUUAUCCUAUUGAAAUAUGUAUUAGACUUUUAGAAAAUAGUUUAAAUGAACAAGGUCUUUUUCGUAUUGCACCAUCACAAGGAAAACAAAAAAAAUAG